GAUUAAAGUUUACUUUGGAUACCUCUAGGUAAACUUUUGACUUUGGCUGUCAUUAUAAAACUGAUAAGUACUCAGGGACGAGAGAUUUCUAAAACUGACUGACUCAGGGAACUGAUUCUGCCAGAGGUCCACCUUUACGGUAACAGAUUGAGUGAAUUAGUUUGGAGUUAACUCCUCCCCAACCCAAUUAAAGCAUUUAAUAUAAGGAACAAGAGACACCACAGCAAGCCUGGAUAAGACCAUCUUCCACAAGCUUUACCUGCAAACAGCAUGAGGACCCUUCAGGAAAAGAUCAUCAUCCUUUCUGUUUUUCUGUCCCUUAUAUGUCUCACUCGGGUCAGCACACUACCUGUUCCUGAGAACUGGGAUGGUUUGAUCCAGAGGACAAAACGAUCGCUGCUAUGGCGCUGGAACAGUCUGAAACCUGUCGGAGCUAGCUGCAGAGAUCCAUCAGAGUGUGGUACAACACACUGCAGGAAAAACAUAUGUUCCUUCUGACACUCCAUCUGCACAAAAGACCCACAAACACAACUGAAACAAAUGGACCCAACUGUGUGAAAUUUCUCCUCUGUUAAUCUGGUCUGACUAAAAGAUUUGAAGAAAUAUUUUAAAAUCUUUAUGCUCGGGUGGAGGAACCUUUGCCAGAGAAAAAAACAAAGCUGUAAAACCUUCUUCCACGUGUCGGGCUCAUCAAUAGACAGGUUGUGUAAUCUGAAUGUGUGUUUGAUAAGAAAAUACAAACGUUCACCCACCGUUUGUGAGCUCUGAGUUUAUUGCUGCAUGUUGUUAUUCUGAUGUAUUUAUUUGUAUAUUUUGUAAAUGUUGUAAAUAUUGAAAUACACUAUGUUUUUCAACA